AUGACAAACUGUAACAGCGUGGUGGCAGAACUGGCAGCUUUACUAGAGAGGUACCGCGGUGGAGGAAUGAACUCGUCCGCGCGAUGGGCGCUUUCCGGAAAGAAAGAAUCUGCCAAGAUAAGAGGGUCGCUGGAGGCGCAUAAGGGUGCGUUGGCACUAGUUGUGGAAGUGACCACGCUGCACAUGGCCGCAGCAGCGGCGACUGAUAUCGGUAAGGUCGCGGUAGAUUCGUCGCUGAUCAAGGGACACACGAUGAGGAUCAUCGAACAACUUGCUAAGCAAGACGAAAUCCUGGAACAGAUUGCCUGGAUCCGGGGAGUGAUCUCCCAGCGGUCAACCGGCAGCGAAGGUGGGACCUUGGUCAUGGACGGAUAUCUCGAAACACUAAACGAUUAUGCUGGCUCUGUGUGUGGAGACUUUGUGACAGAUGAGGUUGCAGAGGAGAUGCGGCGAGGUCCGCUCAACAGCACCGACAGAACCAGCACAACGCUGCUUGGCCUGGCCCCGAUCAAGCCUCUGGCCACCCUCAAUGACCAACCCGACCCCAUGACUAUUGUCAUAGGAAAUACACAUCGGCUGGUCGAGCCAACGAAGACGAAACCGAACAACCGACAUCUCUGGUCCUUUUUCGUGAGGGCUUCUGGGGAGGAAAUUAUCCAACAAGUCCGAAUCGACUUGCAUCCUACGUUUUCCCCAUCUCGACUACUGCUGAAGACAGCUCCGCACAAGGUGACCAAGAUAGGCUGGGGCUAUUUCGUUAUUGACGUCAAAAUCAAGCUGAAAUCGGGGUAUCGCUGGGCGAAUAACACCCACUCUCUGCAUUUGGAGUGGAAACUCGACUUUGAUGGGGUUGGAAGCUCGAUUGCACAUCAGUACACCGUCACGACAAUGCGUGGAUAG